CUGCAUCUCCAGAGUAUAUUAUUAGCUAACCAUAAAUAGUUGAGUUCUUGUGGCAACUCGUUCAUUCUUGUAGGCCUUACCUUUGGGAAAGAGGCUACAGCGUAAAACUAAUCUAUUUUUCUUUCAUUGCCUUUCGUAGGAUGGUAAUCCUCUAGCUAGAUGGAGCGGAGACCUGGUCUAGGGAUUAUUACACGUGACAGAUUUAGAAAUCCACUUCAAUGUGCUGCUGAAUGUUGGUCUGUUUAGUUUUAGCAAGUGGGGGGUUUCAAGCACUGUACCGAAUGCAUCCACUUUCUGCUGAAGGAACCCAUGUUUUUGGUCUUGUGGGAAAGCUCCGGAAUAGGAUUAGAAUUUAACUUCAUACUUUUAUUUUUCUUGACUUUCUGAAGAUUGUAGCUGAUGCUUGGAAUUUUACACAAAAGAUGCUGAACUUUUAUCGGAUAUUUAUACUUUAUUGCUGCGUGUUUGCCAACUGAAUUUGUAUUCUUUUAACUUUGGCUGGACAUAAGUGUGCAUAUAUUCCUAUAAAUGUAUACUGUUGGAGUAUGAAGUACACAGUUAGUCAGAUGUUCCUAAAGCCAUCCAUGUCUUCCCGUAGACUGGUUUCUUGGUGGGUUUUUCUUUGUGGUACUCGGGAUAUUUCGGCUGCCUACUCCUAUGGAGUUCUUUACUAUUCUGUCUUUGAAAGUUAGCCAGAAGACUUUAUUCUAGGUUCACUUAAAUAUUUGCACCUAAAACAAUGGAGAGCUCCAAACCAUCUUUACAGCAAAAGAAGUCUGGGAUCUCUUGGCUAGCAGAGGAGUUUUUAUGGAUUGGGGGAAGCAUCGUAGCAUCACCAAACAUGAAAAUUGGACAGAUUGUGGAAAGAUGUAUGAGUUCUAUGCAAGCCGGAACCCAAAUGAUCAAACUACGAGGUAGUACCAAAGGUCUAGUUCGGUUUUACUACCUAGAUGAGCACAAGUCCUGUAUACGGUGGAGACCUUCAAGGAAGAAUGAAAAAGCCAAAAUCUCGAUUGAUUCAAUUCAGGAGGUGUGUGAAGGAAAACAGUCUGAGAUUUUCCAGAGAUAUUCUGAUGGAACUUUUGACCCAAAUUGCUGCUUCAGUAUCUACUAUGGGGAUCGCAUGGAGUCUCUGGAUCUGGUAUCCUCGAGUGGUGAAGAAGCGCGGACGUGGAUAACGGGUCUCAAGUACUUAAUGGCAGGGAUUAGUGAUGAAGACAGUCUUUCUAAACGUCAAAGGACUCGAGACCAAUGGUUGAAGCAAACCUUUGAUGAAGCAGACAAAAAUGGAGAUGGGAGCCUGAGUAUAAACGAGGUCUUACAACUAAUGCACAAACUGAAUGUGAACCUUCCACGACAGAAAGUGAAGCAAAUGUUCAAGGAAGCCGAUACAGAUGACAACCAAGGUACUCUUGGCUUUGAUGAGUUCUGUGCAUUUUAUAAGAUGAUGUCCACAAGGAGGGAUCUGUACCUGCUGAUGUUAACGUACAGUAACCACAAGGACCAUCUGGAUUCUGAUGAUCUGAAGCGCUUCCUUGAAACUGAGCAAAAGAUGACGAAUGUAACUAAAGAAUACUGCCUGGACAUAGUUGCUAAAUUCGAACCUUGCCCGGAAAACAAAAAAGACGACGUCCUGGGGAUUGAUGGUUUCACCAACUAUAUGCGGAGCCCAGCAGGAGAUAUCUUCAAUGCGGAACAUUAUCAAGUCAAUCAAGACAUGACCUUGUCACUCAGCAACUACUUCAUUGCAUCCUCUCACAAUACCUACUUGAUGGGAGACCAGCUCAUGUCUCAGUCCCGUGUUGACAUGUAUGCUUGGGUUUUACAAGCCGGGUGUCGCUGUGUGGAAGUUGACUGCUGGGAUGGACCAGAUGGAGAGCCAAUUGUCCACCAUGGGUACACCUUGACCUCCAAAAUCCUUUUCAAGGAUGUCAUUGAAACUAUUAACAAGUAUGCCUUCACCAAAAAUGAAUAUCCUGUCAUCUUGUCAAUUGAAAACCACUGCAGUGUGAUGCAGCAAAAGAAAAUGGCUCAGUAUUUGACUGAAAUCCUGGGAGACAAGUUAGAUCUGUCAUCUAUGAUGAAUGGAGAUUCCACAAAGCUGCCUUCUCCAGAAACCCUGAAAGGAAAGAUAUUAGUGAAGGGGAAGAAGCUGCCUUCCAGUAUUAGUGAUGAUGCAGAGGAAGGGGAGGUUUCUGAUGAAGACAGCGCAGACGAGAUCGAUGAAGACUGUAAACUCCUAAAUGGCGAUUGGAAGGCUUCCACCAAUAGGAAGCAAGUGGAAAACAUAGCUAAGAAGAGACUUGACUCCUUGAUGAAAGAAUCCAAAAUCCGAGACUGUGAGGACCCCAACAAUUUUACUGUCACCACACUGCCACCUACCGGGAAACGCAGCCAAAAAGCCGAAUUAAAAAAGAAAUGUAACUCUGGCCCUGCCGGUGAAAGAUCUCUGAGUAAAACGGAAGAAGAACUGGAAUCUGGAGAAGAGCCCAGCCCCAACAAGCGUCACAGUCGUUCCUUGAUGGGAAGUUUUUCUAAGCACAAGAAAAAAGGUGGGCGUAUUAAAAAGUGUUCAAGUUUAGAAGAAGGUGAUGAUAGUCUGGAACAGCAGGGAACCUUGGCCAGAACAUCUCUACAUUACAGCAGGAUGAACAGGCAAAAGAAGACAAUGAAGCUUUCAAGGGCGCUGUCAGAUUUGGUGAAAUACACAAAGUCAGUUGGUAUCCACGAUGUGGAUACAGAAAUAUCUUGCAGCUGGCAGGUUUCGUCAUUUAGCGAGACAAAAGCACAUCAAAUACUUCAGCAGAAGCCAGCACAGUUCGUUCGUUUCAACCAGCACCAGCUCUCUCGCAUCUACCCUUCAUCCUACAGAGUGGAUUCCAGCAAUUACAACCCACAGCCCUUCUGGAAUGCCGGCUGUCAGCUAGUUGCUUUAAAUUACCAGUCUGAAGGAAGGAUGCUGCAGCUGAACCGAGCCAAGUUCAACAGCAACGGGAGCUGCGGUUAUGUUCUGAAGCCAAAAUGCAUGUGUCACGGUGCCUUUAACCCAAAUUCAGAAGACCCUUUACCAGGCCAGCUUAAGAAGCAGCUUGUUCUCAGAAUAAUUAGUGGCCAACAACUUCCAAAACCAAAGGAUUCCAUGUUGGGAGACCGGGGAGAGAUCAUCGAUCCAUUUGUAGAAGUUGAGAUCAUUGGUUUACCUGUGGACUGCUUUAAAGAGCAAACUCGAGUUGUGGAUGACAAUGGUUUUAACCCAAUGUGGGAGGAAACAUUGGUGUUUACUAUACACAUGCCAGAGGUCUCUCUAAUACGAUUCUUGGUGUGGGAUCACGAUCCGAUUGGACGGGACUUUAUUGGGCAGAGAACGAUUUCAUUCACCAGCAUGAUGCCAGGAUAUCGACACGUGUACCUAGAAGGUAUGGAAGAGGCAUCUAUCUUUGUUCAUAUAGCAAUUAAUGACAUCAGUGGUAAGGUCAAACAGGCCGUGGGCUUAAAAGGACUGUUUCUGAGAAAUCCAAAGCAAGCGUCUCUGGACAGUCAUGCUGCUGGGCAGCUUCAUCGGAAACAUUCCAUUAGUAGUCACAUAUUGAGAAGAACCGCCAGUGCUCCAACUAAAGGCCAGCAAAAACACAAAAAGGGCUUUCCAGAAAUUGCCAUUGAUUCCAAAGACAACAGUUCCGAAGGGGCUAGCGAAGAUAGAGAGACGGAUGAUUCCUCUAUACCACGCUUUGAUAAAGAGGCUGAAAGUGCUUCUCCGAUUCUACCAUCUAGGGACGGUAGUCCCACGGAAAUGCACAGCAAGGGUUUGAAAGAUGCCAGACAAAUCUCAAUAUGUAGGUCGGUCUCUUCUUUAUGCAGUCUUGAAACCAUUACAGAAGAACCCACCUUUGCCAAGGAAAUACCUUUUUCUGAUUCAAAAGUUAACCAACCUGCUGCCUCAGUCAAAAAUUAUGGCAGUAAAGUGUGUGAUGAACCCACAGGAUCUCAUUCUGAAUGUCCUAACGCAGCAAGUACCUCCAAUAACAUGCAUGGAAUAAACAAUGAACUUGCUGCAGGUAAAAUAUCAACAGCAUCCUGUGGUACAUCCACAUAUACCAACAACAACACAGAAAGACUGUGCAAGGAAAAGAAUGGAAAUAUACUCACCAUCACAAAUGGAAAACAUGAAACCAUAAUUACCUUUAAUUCUGCCAAUAUGAAACCAGGAAUGUCUUUAUUAGCAGAUGUUGCAAAGGAUACGGCCAAAUAUUGUCACGUAAAAGAGACCAUAGCAGAGCAAUUCUUACAUCAAAGCAACAGCACUACAGAUGCAAACAAAAUCAGUAGGCUUCCUGAAAAGCAGAUACUGAACAACCCAGUAAAACAUUCAUUAUCUUCUACAGGUCAGAGGCUGCAAGUUGACCGUAUAAGCCAACAACCAUCCAUGGCCAGGGUUGGUCCACCUGUAGCUGUGAGAAGAACAAAAAGUGAAGGUCAUGUUAUUAAAAACAGCUCAGCCUUAAACUUGAAUUCUGUGUGUCAGUCUCCGGUGGCAGAGGUUUAUUCUGAUGCCACCAUGAAUGAUAAGAUUUGGAGCAAACUAGAGUGUAAUAGUCAUAGAGACAGCAUGUCUUCGUCUUCCAGUAAAUCCUCUAACGACACAGUGAUUGAUCUCUCUUUGCCCAAUUUAGCACAGAAAAGCUUGUUGGAUCUUGAUAUAUCUGAUGAUAACUUUGAAAGCAUUCAUUUAAAAAACAUUAGACCAAGAUCAGCAACAACUUUAGCUCGAGAGAUUUCCUUAGGAGUAACUAAAAGCAAAUCAAACCCAAAUUUAUUGUCCAACAACAGAGCAAUAGGUGAACUUUGUCCAAGACCUCUGGCCAGAAAUCCUGAAGAGGUACUGCCGCCUCUACCAAGACGAAACACCUGGAAUAGACUCUAUGUGGAGAGUCUCAAAAAAACAGCUAGCAAGUCUAACCCCAAUAACAAAACAUCCACUAAUCAGUCAAUGUCUAAAAGUCUUGGAGACUUGACCUCGGAUGAUAUUACAUGCAACUUUGAAAGCAAGUAUAGGAGCAUUAGCAGAAGCUUUAUUACAAGAUCGCAGAGAGUGCAGAGAAGACCAAAUGGUACAAAAGCUUCUAGUAAGUCUACAGAUUCUCUCACAGAGCAACUGAAGAAGCUAACAAGUUUUGAGAAAGAAAAUGAUAUAACAUCCCCUACUGAAUUUCAGCCAGUUCAGUAUGAGGAUGACAGUAUGAAUUUUCUUCGGAGGACAUCCUCCAGAAGUCAAAGCAGAGUACGGUACAUUGCCAAUAGAGCAAAGCAGGCCCAAGAACGUCAAAGACUCCAGAAUCUAGUAAACAACAAUUCCAUAGAAGAAAGGGGUAACCCAGAAGGAGCUUGUGCAAUAACCAAAGGGUACUGUAUGGAUUCCAUUUCACCUUCCCAGUAUACAUCAGAAUCUUUGGGCAAGUCUGGACCAUAAUAUAGUGCUGUGACUAAAACCUACGUACCUUUUUAUAUUCAUGUAACCAUGCAUAUGAUAAAUUUGUCCACGCAAGAAAUACCUCGCAGGGGAAAAAAUAUAUAUCUUUCGUUUUUGGGACUUAUUUGGACUGCUAACAUUAUAAAGCACUUAAAAGUACUGUAUAUAUUUUUAAAAUGAUUGGUUUACACUGGGUUUGCAAUAUCCCCUUACCCUCCCCAUUGCUUUUGGUUUUGUCCAUCAGUCUGCGCAGAACUUGCUUCUCUUCAAACACCCAUGCCAUUCAGAAGAGAACAUUCCUUGUCCCACAUACAGUAUGAUAAACUUUUUCUGCACUGCUUUACCAAUGUGAAAUGUGCUAUUUUUAAAUCGCUGCUGUAUAUAGCACUUUUAAAGUACAAUUUUAUUUUUUUUGCACUGCCAUAUACAGUUUUUCAAAUAAUAUGGUAUGUUUUAAACAAAAUAACAUUUUAACUCUCUUCCUAAUGUAUUAUUGAUGUAAAACAAAACCUUUUAUGUUUUCGUCUACAUUUUUCAUUUUUAGUUUUUUGCAAAAUUUCAUUUGUAAUGUUGUCCUGGAUGUGCAUUUUAGAACUAUGGUCAUAAUAACGUUACUUCAUUCUUUUUGUUUUUCCUGUUGGAAAGUCAUUUACAUUGUCAGAUUUUUUUUAAUUUUGUUAAUUUUAUUCUUUGGUUAUACUAAUCUUCAUGACAGUAAACAUUUUAACAAAAUGUUUGUAAGCCACCAAAAUCUAUUGAAUAAAAUUAUUUAACCGUAA